UUUUACUAAUUUAGCUAGCUUGAUGCUGCUGAAAAGAGGGGGAGGUAAAUCAUUAUUUAGGGGGAAGAAAGAAAGAAACAAAGUUGUCGACCGUGCGGAGCACACGGGGAGGGAUUUUAAUUAUCCGGAGGGACUCUUUGUAGCUCAGCGCCGCUCUGCUCGGAUGUAAAUGUAACGGUGCGGCCGUUUCCUUCAUUUCCUUUUCGUGUUUCCCAAACUUUUCCGCUACUAUUCCGCCGGUCGGGACUCCUGCUUUGAAAACGGGAAUGAUAAAGGCAGCCGAGCUGGAGCGGAUGGACGGACAGACGGAGGAGUCUGGUCAGCGCCGCGUUGCUGGUUUCCCUGGCCUUUCUUAAACAAAAGCGGUAACGCCAUAUAUAUUUAUUUUAAAGUUCGUUUAGUCCCGAGAUGAAUGGAAGGAGUCGGCUGAGUCAAGUCUGUGAGCUCAGGCGGAUUUAUUGUGUCGUCUCACACUGGACCCUCUGAUAGUCUGCAUCCUGCUUCACCUCCCCGCUUUGUGGUUUCAAAAAACAGGAGAACCUCUCCACUCUGGAAGCAAUUUUUCUAAGAAAUAUAUAUAUAUAUUUAGACAGUUGAAAAAAGAAGAAGUAGAAACAGACGUGGAACCACCUGGGGGUUCAUGAAGGAAUCCCUGUACGACCUAUUUAAUGUGGAAGGGUUUUAAAACUCCUCUGAAAGUGGCUCAUCACAUCCCACCUGUCUGCUUUUUCCACACAAAUGACUCACAGGACCCUUAACUACUUUAAAACUGUUGUUAUUUAUGUUUUUAAUAUUUAUUUUGUCUAGAAAGGUGUUUUUUUAUUAACACUUGAGUUUAUUUGAACCUUUUUUUUUUUACUUUAGGACUUAAAAUUUCAGCUUACUUGACCACCCUUUGUUCUAGUGUUUGUACUUGUACUGUAUUUGGGCACAAAGGAAGCUGCAGAAAGAUCUGACUGGUUACAAACAAAAAAAAAGGUUCAUCAUGGACAAGCCAAUAACAAAGCUAUUAGGGAAGUUAAAGCUGACUGACUCGGGCAGUGCCAAAUUCAACAGUUCGAAAAAGAAGCACGACGCUGCCAGCAAUUCCAAUAACAGCAACGCAAAUGUUGCUAACUCGGGAGGCCGUGGAGGUGGUAACGCUCCCAGUUCGGCAACUGCCUCGCCCUCAAGAUCCGGCCAGUUCCCGCUUGCCUCCGCGACCACAAAUGAUCCCAGCGUUCCAGCAAGUGGAGGAGGUGGAGGAGGGAUGGCGAUGGGUCCCUCGCAGCACCUAACCACUCCACCCGCUGCCUCCACCAUACCUCCGGAUGGUGAGCAGCUACUUCACCCAACCACCCUUGCACCUCUGCGGCGUCCGCCCUCCCAUCAGCGAGCGUCCUGUUACAUGGAGGGCGUGGAUCACCAAAUCAGGGCUGACGCCGACCCGCAAGGCGUAUUUGGGUCCAAGGCCUCCGUCAAUCAGCGCCGCUACUCCCUGGAGCUCCAGCAGCUGGUGAAGCGACAGCAGCUCCUCUCCCAGCCGCCUUCACACUCGGUAUCCCCUCUGUACCAGACCCCCUCGGGGUAUGGGUCUGCCCCCAGAGGUGGGUUGGCUGAGCCCGGCUACCUCUCCGAUCACGAGAGGCACAAGCGCUUCUCUCUUCAGGAGGCCUUGUUUUACAAGCGCAUGAGCACGGGCAGUGAAUUGUGGGAAAGCAACAGGCCUGCGUCCCUGUCUCAUCCUCCACAGCGGGUACCAGAUAUAAUGGGAGGGGUAGUAGGAGGAAACUUGUUCUACCCCCCGGGACAAACCCUGAGUCCCUGCUCGUCGUUCAGCCUCCAGGAGUCGGUUCUGGUCAGCCCCAGGUCCAGCUUCGCCUCCAGCACAGCCAGUGGAGGUGGAGGGGGCAGCCCGAUGGGCAGCCGCUGCAGCAGCAACAGAACCAGCGGCAUAAGCUUAGGUUACGACUCCCGCUACUCUGCAUCUGGAGGCCUCCCUCCAAUGCAGGCCUCCAUGCUCCCAGGAGGCUCCUCGGCCGGUUACGGGGCCCCGGGCCGGGCUGGAGGGACCCCCGUAGAGGCCUGGACUCAGUGCCUGGAUGCAGGGAUGCGGCCGGUCGCCUACGACAGCCGCCACUCCUACCCACCUGCAGUGGGGAGUCCGGCGGCGGCGUGCUACCAGGGAGGGUGCGAGUGGUGGGACGAUCAGCAGGCUGGCUUGAGGGCCAAAGAGCCCGGGGCGCUGAGAGAGAGGGCCCGCUAUUCAGACCUGCCAGGCACCAGGUACCAGGAGGAGCUGACUCGACUUUUGCUAAGAGACGCCGCAUCGGAAGGCGGCGGGAUACCGGACGUCUUGAUGCUGAAAGAUCAGCACCGGGCCGCCGUUCCAGCGACAGGACCCCCAACGUGUGGUGGUCAGCUCAAACCUCAGGAGGAACCAGGAACUGGAGGAGGGAACGCCGAAAACCGACUGGAGUUCUUUGGAACCUGCGUUAAAUGUGGGAAAGGCGUGUACGGGGCGGAUAACGCCUGCCAGGCUCUGGAGAACCUCUAUCACACCCGCUGCUUCACCUGCGUGUCCUGUGGACGCACCCUGAGAAACAAGGACUUCUACAACGUCAACGGCUCUGUGUACUGUAAAGAGGAUUACAUGUUUUCAGGGUUCCAGGCAGCUGCGGAGAAGUGUACUGUGUGUGGCCACCUCAUUCUGGAGCAGAUCCUGCAGGCUCUGGGGAACUCGUACCAUCCCGGCUGCUUCCGCUGUGUGGUGUGCUCCAAGGCUCUGGACGGGGUGCCUUUCACGGUGGACCAGCACAGCAACAUAUAUUGUGUUGCGGACUACAACAAGACUUUUGCUCCGAAGUGUGCUGCUUGUUUACAACCCAUCCUACCUACUGAGGGCAGUGAGGAGAUCCUCAGGGUCGUCUCCAUGAACAAGGACUACCACUUUGAGUGCUACCACUGCGAGGAGUGUGGUAAGCAGCUCUCCGAUAAGCCCGGAGCGCAGUGCUUCCCUCUGGACUCUCAUCUCCUCUGCCACUCCUGUCACAUGAGCAGAGUGUGCGCCACGCAGAACAUUCCCCCACACUGAUCAAACUGGUCCGCUUUCCAAGAAGCUGCUCCUAAUAUAUUAUUUUUUAUUAAUUUUCAAAAUCAAACUGCUGUCGUUUUUGGAUCAGUCAGUAAUGCUGCCUGCUGUACUAUAAUUUAAAAAAGGGAAAACUACUGCUUCUUUUUUAACCCCAAUAAGGCUACUGCUUGCUGUAAAAGAAAAAUACGUUUUGUGUAAAUAUUAAUAUUUUUAGCAAACAUUUUGCACUUAAAUUGGACUUUACUGUAAGAUUUCUUAACAGUUGACAAUAUGGGGUAAACAUUGCUGUAAUUUCAAUGUCUUAAUAAAUAUUUGUGCUCAAA